AUGCCAGCUGCACUUCAAGACCAGGCUCAUCGGCUGCCGCUGGCCACGCGUGGGCAGGUCUGGUCCAAGGCUGCUGUGGGUGAUUAUUUUAUUGAACACAUCAUGGGUACCAAGCCUGAGCCGCGCCUGAGCGGGGUCUGGUAUUUUGCGCGCACCUUUUGUGGUCCCUUGCGCUUUACCUACCGUGCUGGCCACGGUGUUGCGCCCCACAAGGUGCCCAAUGAUCCACGCCAUGUGGUGCUCAUCUUGAAUGGCCAUGAUGACGAACACGCGGCCACGGCGCGCCCAUGGCUCGACCUGUUGCCUUCUCUUCCACAGCUUCGGAGCGUGGGCUUGAUUGUUUUGGGUUACGAGGACUGUAGCAACACAUGGUUGGCGCCAUACCUGCGGGAUCCGUGCUAUAAAAUUUCUUUCACGUUCAUGGUCUACGGUGGCCAGUGGCCAGGCGCAAAGGACAUGAUGCAAUGGCCACUGGGGGUGGCGACCUAUCGGGGGUUUCCGGCUGAACUUCCCUACCACCAAGCGCGGGGGCCUCGGGCUGACAGUGCACACCUUGGCCGCCGCCCGUGGCUGUGUAGCUUGCAAGCCACCAUUUACCCCAACAGUUCUCGAUCAGACCUGCUGCGCAUCAUCGAUCAGCAGGGCCUUCGUGAGCAUUGCUUUGUCGAGGCUCGCAUGACCUGGCAGCCCAAUGAAAGCAGCGAGUCGCGCCAGCAAUACACACAAGCUCUCCUGACGUCGGAUUACACGCUGGCCCCGGCUGGCCUAAAUACAGAGUGCUAUCGAUGGUAUGAGGCAGCCGCUGCUGGUUCUAUUCCUAUUGUGGAAGAUGUCACGCAACCUCCCACCUGCGGGCGUGAUCCACUCGCCCUUAUGAAGGAGCACGGCGCUCCAUUCAUUUACAUUAAAACUUGGUCAGAGCUGCCCGAACUUUUGGCGCGACUCCAGCAGCGACCACCGGCUGAACUGGUGGCACAUCGGCGGCGGUUGGUAGAGUGGUACGAGGGAUUUCGUCUGGCUAUGCGCUAUCGCUUCUGUAGCGCAGCGGUGCGUGCUUUUGGCGCGAGUGGCAAUGACUAG